AUGAGUAAAGCCGAUGUAGUAAAUGAAAUUCAUAGAAAUGCUAGGGUAAAUUUCCCACGUAGAAAUGUUAUCAAGAAAGAUAUAGAUGAUUUAUGGCAAGCAGACUUAAUUGAUAUGCAAUCAGUUUCUAAGGAAAACAAAAACUUCAGAUUUAUUCUUAACGUUAUUGAUACAUUUUCGAAAUACGCUUGGGCUUUUCCAAUUAAGACUAAAAGUAAAGAGGACGUAUGCUAUAAUGUUAUGAAGCUCCUAAAAACACGUGUACCCAAAAAUCUGCAAACCGACAACGGAACAGAGUUUUAUAACGAUAAGUUUAAAAAAAUUAUGAAUUCUUAUAAUAUUAAUCAUUACUCAACCUUUUCAACAAAGAAAGCUUCCAUAGUUGAACGAUUUAUUCGAACUUUGAAAUCUAAAUUGUAUAAAGCAUUUAGUUUACAGGGUAAUUAUAACGGGAUAGGCGAUACUCUUAAUAAUGUUAUUUACGAAUACAAUCACACUUAUCAUCGAACUAUUGGUGAAAUUCCAGCCAAUAUUAAUAAUAAAAGUAAAAAACGAAUACUACAGAGAUACCUUAGAUUGGCAAAGAAUGAUAAUGUAAAACGUAAGUUUAAAGUAGGUGAUUAUGUGCGUAUAAGCAAAUACAAAGGUACAUUCGAAAAAGGAUAUACUCCAAAUUGGUCGACAGCAAUAUUUAAAAUUCGAAAAUUACAGAGCACAAUUCCAACCACUUACUUAAUUGAUCAGCCAGUUCAAUUUACAUCGAAGGUCGUGCAAAGCUCUUCAGCAAAGAUGGAAACCAGAUUAAAAAACCUGUUACAUAUAAGGUAUGAGAUAAAUGGAAUCGAAAUAGAUCGUAUUAAAAAUGCUGGUAUAACGUCAACAAUUAAAUCAUACAUUUCAAUGAAUGAAGCAGAAAAUAAAGUAGCAGCUUUGUGGGGUUGGGAUAUGGAUGGAUUUAAAAGUGAAAACAGUGAUUUUAGUGCUACUGUACCUUUAAAUAAGAUUUUAGGGUUUGCAGAAAAUUAUGCUAAAAUUGUAAUAAAUUGUAAACAUGAACUUAUACUGAACAGAAGUAAUUCUAACAUAAAUAGUAUUAUAGGAACUGAAGAUGUUGCACAUUUUCAAAUAGAUAUACAAAGAAUACAAUGGCGAGUGCCACAUGUGAAAUUAUCAGAUCGUGAACGACUGAAACUUCUUAAACAUUUAGAAAGAGAUAAACCUAUACAGAUGGCAUUUAGAAAUUGGGAUUUAUAUGAAUACCCUAUACUUCCUACAGCAACUAAGCAUUCCUGGUCUAUUAAGACUGCGUCACAAUUAGAGAAACCUCGAUAUGUAAUCUUUUGUUUACAAACAAACAGAAAAAAUCAAAAAAUGAAAGACUGUUCAGUAUUUGAUCACUGUGGAGUGAGAAAUUUGACAUUGUUUUUGAAUUCACAAUAUUACCCAUACGAGCCCUUAUGUUUAAAGUUUUCUGAAAACAAAUUUAAUAUAUUUUACGAAAUAGAGACAACUGGAUAUUGUUUAAUCAUUAACGAUCAACUUGUGGAAUAUAAGCCUUUAAGUAACAUAGUGCGCAAGUUGACAUGA